UUUUUCAGUCAGCAUGCUGAGGAGGGCGAAUGUGUGGAGUGAAGAAAGUGUUUGAGCUGAAAAAGAGGAGAGGAAGAGAGAGGCAGAGAGGUGAGAGGGGUGGGAUUGCAGCACAUCCGUGCGUAAAUGUGACCAUCCUCGCCGCGGUCCCUCCAUCCCUCCAUCCCCUCCGUCCUCGCCCCCCUUUGCCUGCCUCUAGCGGCUCCAUCUCUCCGCCUCUGCGAGCCGGGAUCACCCGCGCGGUGCUCGGCGGAAACAACCACGGACCGUGGAGUCCCCGCUGUCUCGGCUCGGCGCCCUCCUCCAGGGCUUGGGAGGAGCGCCGGGGAACUCCUCCAGGUUCCUGCCGGGCUUCGUGACCACCGCCGCGGAGAGCCAUGGCUCGGAGCGCAGGGAAAGACGCGGCUCGACGCGCUCCCGGAUGCCGGUGAUGCGGGGUCUGAUUGCGCCUCAGAACACCUUCCUGGACACCAUCGCCACUCGGUUCGAUGGGACCCACAGUAACUUUGUUCUGGGAAACGCUCAAGUCCAGUCCGUCUUCCCCAUUGUCUACUGCUCCGAUGGCUUCUGCGAGCUGACCGGCUUCGCCCGCGGCGAGCUGAUGCAGAAGAGCUGCAUGUGCCACUUCCUGUACGGCGGCGAAACCAGCGACCGGAUCACCUCACAGAUGCAAAAGGCUCUGGACGAACGGCGGGAGUUCAAGACUGAGAUCGUUCUGUACAAGAAGAGCGGCUCCAAGUUCUGGUGUCUGCUGGACAUAGUUCCCAUCAAGAAUGAGAAGAGCGAGGUGGUUCUCUUCCUGGUCUCGCACAAGGACAUCACAGAAAAUAAGGACCUGGACCAGAGCAAUGAUUCUGACAUCGAUGAGGAAAAGGGAUUGGAGGUCCAUCAGGUCAAUCGGCCCCCGGGGUGCAACAUGGAGCGCCGGCGCAGUCGUGCCGUCCUCUACCAUCUCUCUGGUCAUCUCCAGAAACAGGACAAAACCAAGAGCAAACUGAAAAUCAACAAUAGUGUUCUCGGAGCCAAUGCCAACCCAGUCCCAGAGUAUAAGGUGGCCGACGUCCAAAAGUCCCGCUUCAUCCUCCUUCACUACGGUGCGUUCAAGGCCGGCUGGGACUGGCUCAUCCUUCUGGCCACCUUCUACGUAGCCGUCACUGUUCCCUACAACGUCUGCUUCACCGCUGUAGAGAUACGGGAAGACGGCGCCUCAGCGGCCAGAAACCCUCCGAGUGUCAGCGACAUCUUGGUGGAGAUACUUUUCAUCAUCGAUAUUGUCCUAAAUUUCAGAACGACCUACGUUAGCACAUCGGGGCAGGUCGUGUACGACGCCCGCUCCAUUUGCAUUCAUUACGUCACCUCCUGGCUGUCUGUGGAUCUGAUUGCAGCGUUGCCCUUUGACCUUCUGUACGCCUUCAACAUCAGUGUGAACUUUGGGGUCCACCUGCUGAAGACGGUGCGUCUCCUUCGGCUUCUUCGCCUCCUGCAGAAGCUGGAUCGUUACUCCCAGUACAGCGCCGUGGUCCUCACGCUGCUCAUGUCCACAUUCGCCCUCCUGGCACACUGGAUGGCCUGUGUCUGGUACUUCAUCGGGCGCAGCGAGAUUGAGACCAAUAACCCCGCCUCCUGGGACAUAGGCUGGCUCCAUGAACUGGCCAAACGUCUGGGAACGCCAUACUUCCUGACUCCUCUCACCUCCCUGCUGGGCAUUUCGGAUUCCCCUCACGGUGCAGUGACAGCCGCCAACUCCAGUCACUGGAACGCUUCGGGGCUGGAGGCGCUGAAUGUGACGGGGGCGGCGGGCCCGAGCCAGUGGAACGGCACCAGGACCAGACUGAGGAUGUUGAACGGCUCGGGGAUGAUGCUGAGCGGCGGGCCGUCUGUCAGGAGCUCCUACGUGACAUCGCUGUACUUCGCCCUGAGCAGUCUCACCAGCGUGGGCUUUGGCAAUGUCUCGGCCAACACCGACUCCGAGAAGAUCUUCUCGAUUUGCACCAUGCUGAUAGGAGCCUUAAUGCAUGCUGUGGUUUUCGGAAAUGUGACGGCCAUCAUUCAGAGGAUGUACUCGCGUCGCUCCCUCUACCACACCCGCACCAAGGACCUGAAGGACUUCAUCCGUGUGCAUCGGCUACCGAAGGCCUUGGAGCAGCGCAUGAUGGAGUGCUUCCAGACAACCUGGUCCGUCAACAACGGCAUCGACGUCAGUGAGCUGCUGAAGGACUUCCCGGACGAGCUGAGAGCUGACAUAGCCAUGCACUUGAAUAAAGAGCUGCUGCAGCUGCCGCUGUUUGAGUCAGCCAGCAGGGGCUGUCUCCGGUCCCUAUCGCUCAUCAUCAAGACCUCCUUUUGUGCUCCAGGAGAGUUCCUCAUCCGCCAGGGCGACGCUCUCCAGGCGAUAUACUUCGUCUGCUCAGGAUCUAUGGAGGUUCUGAAGGAUAACACCGUUCUGGCCAUUCUGGGUCGGGGUGACCUGAUCGGCUCCGACUGCCUCACCCAGGAGGAGGUGAUUAAGACCAAUGCCUGCGUGAAGGCCCUCACCUACUGCGACCUGCAGUACAUCAGCCUCAAAGGGCUCCGCGAGGUGCUCUGCCUCUACCCCGACUACGCCCAAAAGUUCAUCACCGAGAUCCAGCACGACCUGACGUACAACCUGCGAGAGGGACACAGCACCGAGGCAGACUAUGAGAGCAACGGAGGCCUUGUGAAGAAACUCCCCUCCAUCAAGGAGGAUGAGGAAGGGUCCGGGUCUGAGGGGGAACACUCUCCUCUGCCUAAGAUCUCUUCCUUGGGGAGGUUGGGCCGAGGUCUGCGCUCUCCUCUGCGCUCCCCGCUGCGUUCCCCGCUGCUGCCACCGCGACCUUUCAGGCCGAUAAGUGAGCCGGCUCGACCCUCCAGCCUGCAGAUCCCCGUGGUGAGCUUCAGCUGCCUGCAGCCGGACCUCAGCCCUCGGUUUGUGGAUGGGAUUGAGACUGAAAACCACACCAGCUCGGCUCAGAGGUUUGACUUUUCUCCCAGUGCGACGCAGAGUUUUCUCCCCAGCCCUGAUUUAGCCACCCCAGGGGCCCAGGACGGAGGGGACACCAUGGAGACUAUUGAAAAGCUAAAACAUGAGAUGUGCAUCCUUUCACGCCAGGUAACAGCUGUGAGUCAGGAGCUGCAGGAAAUGACCCGCCUCCUAAAGCCUCUCUUCCACAACUCGUCCACGCUGCUGAUGCCCUGCACUGUGACUCCGCCCCCCAGCGUGUCCCCUCGCUGCUGCUCGCCAGGCCCCACAGUUUUAACCCAACAGGCUCCAGCGGAUCCGCCGGACAGACGAAACGAAGCUGACCUCCACUCACCCCGGCUGGACAUGGGAGCCGAAUUUCAGGGGCAGUUUGAUCCCCUCCGUUGCUCCCUAACCAUCUCCCCUCCCCCUACCUCCCAGCAGAUCCACCCCGCUCCCCCGCUUUCUCAUCGCUCAGCUCCCCCUUCGCUCAACAGCUCCCCUCAUGAGCACGCCGCUGUGUCGCACCCCUGCCUUUCGACCUCUAUCCCCUCCCUCCCAUUGGUCACCACUCCCCUCCUGGUAGAUUUAUCAGAACCAGGCACCAAGCUGCAGACCCUGACCCUCCCAGCAGCAUCCCACUCACACAUCCAGCCCUUUUUCCAAACCUCCAGCAUGGCAACAACAAACUCCCAGAUGCCCAUACUGAACCUGCAUGAUGUGCAGCUCAGCUUCGUCGAUGAGGGACGGCCGUCAGUGUGACGGGACUUUAAAUCAGAUCUGAACCGACGGAGGCGACACGACUUACUGCAUGAUGAACAGUCUGCCUGAAGUUUGCCAUGUUACAGUGUAAAUAUGAUGUUUUUAAGCUGUUCUCAUGAGCACUCUGUAUGAAAUCUGAUAAUAAACUUGCUAAGCAGUUUUACUUCAUGGGUUUGGCACUUCAGUGAUUUUAGAAACAAAUUAAGGGAAUUCUGGGAAUUGGAGAAAGUAAAUCCUCAGGUUUGAAUUAUUAACUUUACAGAUGCUCCUCUUUGUUAGCUUUGGGCUUUUAAUGAUUUAUUUUAACUAUUUCCGUCCGGAGUGGUGUAACUACGACUGCCUGGUGGCUCAGUUGGUAACACUGUUGCCUUGCAGCAAGAAGAAUAUCAUGUGAACUGCAUUUAAAACCAGAAUUAGGUGCUUAAGUUUGAGUUUAGAUUUUUUUUGUUAUUGUUUUAAAAAUCCCCAGAUGGUUGAAGCGAUAAAAGGCUUCAAAAAAGUUGAAACCAGCAGUUUAAAUACACUGAAUAGGAAAAAAAACUAUUUUGUUCCUUAUUCCCAUGACAAAUUGAGUCACAUUAGACUUUUGUUUUGUCUUAAUUUAAUUCGAACUACCAAAAUUAUUUAUAUUCUCGAUGUGCCAGUGGCUUAGCCAGAAGAAAAUAAAGUUUUCAAAUAAAAACUCAUAAAUCUGGUAAGGACUUGCAGGACUUAAGAGGCAAAUAUCAAGAUUUGCAUGUUAAGUGUUACACACUUACACAACUAUGCAUUGAAAUACUGCCGUAUUCUAAUCAGAUAUUUAAUCCUUCAAACUGAAGUUUUUUUUUUUUUUUUAGAUGCAGGGUCACACAAGGAUUGUUGUUUGUGGUCGCCUUUGAUGUAUAUUCGCAUGUGUUUAUGUAAAGUCUCAUUUUGGCCUCUUUUAUGCCAUCUGAGCCCUCUGUAAUUGAGACAAGUGCUUUGUCAUGGGAACCAGAUCCAAAAUAUGACUCCAUGGUUCCACUGCUGCUCCUGUUCCCCCCGCCCCGGAGAGAAGAUGAGGAAUUACUCCACAAAAAAAAAAAAAAAAGAAGUUCAACCACUGGAAACCUCACACUCUUUGAUGAUUUUGCACAAUUUCAAACAAAAAGAGGUUCUCUGUUGUCUUUCUCAUGCAGUGGGAAGGAAAAAAAAAAAUCAACCUGUCAGCUGUCUGACUAAACCGUAACAUCAACAGACGCCUCUAACAAUGAUUUUCCUGUUUAAAUUUAUGCUUACAUUAAAAAAAAAGAGCAGAACAAAAUAACAGUUGGACUGCUUUAAAUUAUGUCAGGUAAGGGGAACAAUCAUGGGAAACAACCCACUUUUAUCAAUCAAAAUAUGCUGCAACACAUAUUUAUAUAAUUUCUGUUUAAACUUAAUAAAGUUUGUUCUGGAAAUAUAAGAAUAUGAUGACAUUUUUAAUAAAUAAAUAAAUUCAGAAGGUACAGUUUUGGCAUGUUAUGAAUCCAAGUAUGGAAACGCAGCACUCUCAUUGGUUCAACGUCGUUACCACGGAGUCACCACAGUGAGGCAGCAUUUCUAUUUCUACCAUCUAUGGUGGCCACUUAACGCUACUGCAGUCUGGGGUCCUUGUUUAGGUUUCCUGCUGGAUGAACAUUUGUUAGGGAAGAAAUGAUAACUAUUUUUGUUAGAGCUGUAUCAGCAAACAGGAAAUGUCUCUAUUUUUGAGUCAAAAAAAAAUAUUUGAGGUUAUAACAGAUGGAUUUUAUUGCACAUUUAGUUUUUUGUGUCUUGCUGUUUUUCCCAUAGUUAUUUAAAUAAUAAUAUGGUACAGUCUGUGUGUAUUUGCUUCUGUAUGUGUGGAAUGAUAAACUGUAGUGGAUCAAUGCACUGAUCCAUCACCACUGAUUAUGAAAACUUCACACCGGUCCCCAUCCAACUUGGACCCUGUACCUGUCCAGUGUUUAUCCGGGCUCUGGGACAUACAUCUUUUAGGUGAAAUGAAAUCUGAAAAGAGCAAUCGUCUGAGCCUUUUUCACCUUAACCUCAAGUAAGAUGCUUCUAAUCUGCCAUCCCUGUUGCCACUGUACGCUUUUGUCCCAUAGUUUUUCCUGCCACCAAACGUUCCAUUCAUCAGCUACAUACAGCACUGCAGAAAGUUUCUUCAACGUCUUCAGCC